GCUGUUGGUCAAAUGGUACUAGGAGGAAUAGGAUAUGGAGUGAGAACUUGGCGAGGUGUACAGUUGGCUUCAUCUUGUCCAAUGGCGAUAUUCCUCGUUUAUAUGUUCAUAUUUUCUGAAUCACCACGCUGGCUUUUUAGUAAAGGACGAGUAAAAGAUGGAAUAAAGGUCGUUAAGACUAUGGCGAAAGUAAAUGGAGUUAAACUAGAAAAAUCACUGGAACAAGAGAUGUCACUGUUAGACACAAAGGCGGAUCCUCUCGAAGAUGACGUCACUGAGAAACCAGAACACCUGAUUCAUGAGCCAAAAUUGACAGAUCUG